AUGGUUGACGUCGAUGCCAUGAACUCGCAACUGGAUCAGAUCUCUGACCAGUACCAGUCUCUGUUUCGUCGCUUGAAUAGCGAAUCCCCACGGGAUGUGCAAACCGUUGCUUUGUCUCUGAGUAUUGCACUGUCCCAGCUAUACCAGCUGGCAAUUUUCGUGAGAGGAGACUAUAACCAGAGAGCAUUCGAUGUGUCGCCCGAAAGAGAUUCACUGGUGGCUAAAGUCAAGGAGGCGUUCGAGCAGUUGGCUCACGCUUCAACGACAGCCCUGGAGCAUGUGUCAACGCUUCAAUCAGAGAAUGUCGACCUCUUGUCCUCAAAGAUGCACGUAUUUCAACAACGCGUCAAAGCAGCUCAUGGGGAGACGAUCGCAAACGUUGCUGGUUACAAGCAUGCGGUAAGCGAGGCCAGCAAGGCAGUUGAGAAGGAGGAGAAUGCAGUUAGGGAAGCCAGGAGUAGUCUGGGAACACUGCUGGAGAAGCUCGACGACGCUCGGAAAACUGGCAAUGUGGUUGACGGUGUGGUCAGCGCGAUAAUCCCCAUCUGGGGGAUAAUUGGGCUCAUCGACCAUACAAAAUCUCCCGGCAGCGUCAUUCUGGAAGGCCAGAUUGGCGCUGCAAGACAAGCGGUCGAUAGCGCUGUACAUACUCUUGAUUCCGCGCACCGAAACGCCCAGAAAUCCCUAGAUCUCCUGAACGGGGAGCAGCUCAAGUUAGAUCAACAAAGUGCCAUCCUUGAGAGACUGGGACCCCUCCAAAGCGCUAUCCAGUCCGCCAUUACGAAAGCGCAGGAACUAGAGAAAGGUUUAAUUCAGAUGAAGGACAGUGCUACCGAGAUGGUCCGUCGAAUGAACAAGCUUAGCGGCCGAGCGGAGAAUGGCGCGGAGCUCUCAAUCACGAAGGAGGAGUUUGUGAGCGGCAUUUUGGAUGUUGUGGAGCUCGCCAUCGUGGAGCCCAAUACAGCCAAACAGAUUAAAAUGAUCCUGGCUGAAUUGCGGAAUUCGUGGGGCCCUUCUCCAAUGCCUCCAGCGAUUCAGUCCCGGCUUGAUGAACUUGAUGGCAAGGCGGCGAAGAUUGCUGGUUGA